CUGUAUAUUGGCACAGGUGAGGAUGAUGAUUAUUAUUCCUAGGUGCCUCUCCUUUCAACCUCAAUUCAGGUAUGCUCCCACACUCCCAUUACCCUUUCGGCUAUUUUGCUCCGAAAACCAAUCCCUUAACGACGACGUUGAGAGGGUCUUUCGUGUGAUCAAUAGCUCUACCUCUUCAAAAAACUUGCAGCAGUCGUUGAAAUCUUGUGGGGUUUUCCUCUCUAACGAUUUGAUUGAUAAGGUCCUGAAAAGGGUCAGGUUCAGCCACGGAAACCCAAUCCAUGCCUUGGAAUUUUUCAAUUAUACUGGUAAUAGAAGAGGGUUUUAUCACAGCACUUUUUCGUUGGAUACAAUGCUUUAUAUACUGGGCAGAAGCCGAAUGUUUGAUAAAAUUUGGGAUGUUUUAAUUGAAAUGCGGCAAAAGGAUCGAUCUUUGAUAUCCCCGCGUACUGUCAUGGUGGUUUUAGCUAGAGUUGCUAAGGUAUGUUCCGUUAGGCAGACUGUGGAGUCUUUUAGAAGGUUCAAGAAGCUCGUACCCGAGUUUGAUACUGGUUGCUUUAAUGCGCUUUUAAGGACUUUGUGUCAAGAGAAGAGCAUGGCGGAUGCGAGGAAUGUUUAUCAUAGUUUGAAGCACGAGUUUAGACCAAAUUUGCAAACUUUUAAUAUAUUGUUAUCAGGGUGGAAGUCCACGGAGGAGGCGGAAGGGUUCUUUGGAGAGAUGAGGGAAAUUGGUGUGAUACCAGAUGUUGUUUCGUAUAAUUGUUUGGUUGAUGUGUAUUGCAAGGGGAGAGAAGUGGACAAGGCUUAUAAUGUGGUUGAGAAGAUGCGAAGUGAGGAUAUAACGCCGGAUGUGAUCACGUAUACUAGUCUUAUUGGAGGAUUGGGGUUGAUUGGUCAGCCCGAUAAGGCUAAGGAGAUCUUGAAGGAAAUGAAGGAAUAUGGGUGUUACCCGGAUGUUGCAGCGUAUAAUGCUGCUAUAAGAAAUUAUUGUAUUGCAAAGAGGCUUGGUGAAGCCUAUAAAUUGAUGGAUGAGAUGAUAAGUAAGGGUUUAAAUCCAAAUUCAACUACAUACAAUUUGUUCUUCAGAAUUUUCUACUGGUCAAAUGAUUUGCCAAGUUCCUGGAAAUUGUACCUGAGGAUGAUGGAUACCGGAUGUUUGCCAAAUACACAGUCUUGCAUGUUCCUAAUUAGGUUGUUUAAGAGGCAGGAAAAGGUCGAGAUGGCACUACAGUUGUGGGAUGACAUGGUGGAGAAGGGUUUUGGGUCAUAUAUCUUGGUAUCUGAUGUAUUGUUUGAUUUGCUAUGUGAUAUGGGAAAGUUGGUGGAAGCAGAAAGGUGUUUUCUGCAGAUGGUAGAGAAGGGGCACAAGCCAAGCCUUGUUUCUUUCAAAAGGAUCAAGGUGCUCAUGGAACUUGCAAACAAGCAUGAAGCCCUGCAGAACUUGUCAGAGAAAAUGGCCAUUUUUGGGCGUUUGAUCCAUGUUCCUAAAUGUGUUGGCAGCGCAACAGAGACAUUAAAUUCGGACUUACUUCCAGUGAACCGUGUACUUAAAAACUGACGCAGCAGAAGUUGUUGUCCUGAGCCUUAUUAACCAUUUUGAAUUCUGAGUUAUGCAAAACCGAACGUGUAAAGUUUCUGCAAUUUAUCUGACUUUGGGGUCGUGGACCUCUUGUGUGUCUCUUUGGAUCACUGCCUCAAAGCAUGCCCAUGCAGAG